CAUCCCUGUAGUGUCACAGUACACCUGUGCGGUGUCACUUCCUCUUCUCUGGCUCGAAGCUCCACCUUGGCUGGGCUCACCUUCCACUUCUCACAUUACCUCAGCGAAGAGAGCCCGCCCAUCAGCCUUCAGGGACCACUGUUUUGCCAGGCACAACCCUGCUCAAAGGGGGGCCCACAGCAGUGCAAAUCUCCCAAGACUUGAUGGCUGCUCUGGCCAGAAGCCGAAGCAUGAAUGCUGUGAACUUUGCCCCUGAAAAAUCUGCUCUGUGGAAUGAAAGGCAUCUAAGACUGCUGGAUUACCUUUUUUGCGUACCUUAUUUAUGAAGUCAGAGCUCCAAGAAGGGAGGGACUUAAGAACUGAGCAAGUGAGUGUGUUUGUGUACUUUGGGAGGAAGGGAGGGAAGGAGAGCCCAUAUCACACAGCGCUGAGGAGGAGGCAGGACUUUACAGACUAGAAACUAAACGGCGCAAGUGAGCUGUCGAGACACUUAAGUUUCUCAGGUUCUGUCGCUGUGGAAAAAGAAGUGGCUUUUGGUUUUCUCUUUCCCGCUGGGGCCUCUGGAGAGGCAGGGCCCAGCAGGCCAGCUGGGACCACUGUUGGAGCAUGGGACACAGUGCGAGCACAGAAACUGUGCCCCAGCAACCAGGCCUACAUAACACGGAUGAUGAUGUCAACCUGGAGCAAAACACAACAGGAGGGGAAGAGGGAAACUCGGGUGGGGGAACUCCGCCGGCCAAACGCAAAGGCAAAUUCAAAGUUGGGAAGAUUUUCAAGCCCUGGAAAUGGAGAAAGAAGAAGCCAAGUGAGAAAUUUGCUGAAACGUCUAUAGCCUUGGAAAGAAAAAUUUCUGUACGAAAGAGUCGUCAAGAGCUCAUUGCAAGAGGAGUGCUUAAGGAAAUUCCUGAGAAUGAGAGCAACAAUGUGAACCACAAAAAAGUUCCUCCUGUAAAGAAUGGCCAUCCAGUGCCAAUGGAUGGGGACCGGUUGUCCCGUGCAGAGUCAGACAUCAAGAACAACGCCCUACGCGCCCCCCAGGCAGAAGAGCGCCGGUCCAGGAUCCCCUCGGACUCCUCCCGCUCCAACCGGGCCCCACUGGACGUAGAUUCUCACACACGGCUGUCUCUGGAUGAAGAACGCAGAAUCCGCCUCCCCUCAGACGACAAGAGUGGAGGCUCUCUGUCCCGUGGACAAUCUCAGGAUGAUAGAUACAGGUACAGAGAAGAAGGUGACCGACGGGAUGACUUCAGAGACAGGAGAGACUGGAGGGAAGACCGGGGGGACCGAAGAGACCGGGAAGACAGAGAAAGACGGGAUCGAGACGAGCGCGAGAGAAGAGAAAGGGAGAGAGAUGAAAAAGAAAGAAGAGGUAAAGAUGACAGGCCUGAAAGAGAUGAAAAAGAAAGAAGAGGUAAAGAUGACAGGCCUGAAAGAGAUGAAAAAGAAAGAAGAGGUAAAGAUGACAGGCCUGAAAGAGAUGCAAAAGACAGAAGAGAUAGAGAAAGGAGAGAGAGGGACAGAGAUGAGCGAGAAAGAGGGGAGAGGGAAGAGCGAGAAAAGAGAGACCGAGACGAAAGAGAAAAGAGCGAUCGAGAGGAGAGAGAAAGGAGAGACAGAGAUGAAAAGGAAAGGAGGGAAAGAGAAGAUAAAGAGAGGAGAGAACGAGAUGAGAGGGAACGAAGAGAGAGGGAUGAAAAGGAAAGAAGGGAUAGAGAAGACCGAGAAAGAAGAGAACGAGACGACAGGGAGCGGGAGAGAAGGGAGCGGGACGAAAGAGAGCGCAGAGAGAGAGAUGACAGAGACCGAAUUGAGGACAGGAGGGACGACAGUGACUGGCGUGUAGAAAGAGACAGGAGGGAUGAAGACCGAGAGAGAAGAGCAGACGAGGGGAACAGGAGGAACGAGCGAGAGAGGAGAGAGGAGCGGGACCGACGGGACGACAGGGACCGGAGGGACCGGCCUGAACCACAGCGCUCAGUGGACGACCAUCGACCCGUCAUCAGGCCUAGCUCUGACAAUGACACCAGGCCUGUUCUGCAGAAGAGCUCCUCAGAGGAAUCCAGGAGAGCACGGCCUGUGUCUGAUGCCAGCGGCCGGAGCACAUUACCCCGCUACGUGUCCCCUACUGAGUUCAGGGACCGCUCAGAGUCUGUCGGUGUCCGCCCGUUCAAAGACCCCCAACCGGACCCCCCUCUCCUGAAACAAGCCCUGCUGCCCCCUACCUCCAAAUUCUCUUCCUCCACCUCCUCCUCCUCCGAUCUCCCCCGCAGCGCCACCCCCCCGUCCUCUUCCUCUUCCUCCUCAUCUUCUGCAUCGUCCUCCUCUGCACCCGUCCCGAUGGCCAAACCCCCGCGGACAGUCUCGCUCAUUGUCAGCGAUGAUCCCCCCAGAGUCACCUUACCACAGGACGGUGACACACCUCCCCCUGUCCCGCCCCACGCCAAGCAGCCCCCGCCUCCUCCCCCCAAACCCAGCAACCGCAACAGCACCAUCCCCGUCACCGCGGAUCAUCCUCAGCCUGGUGUCAUCGUCGUUCCUGCUCCUGCCAAACGCUCCCCACCCGCUCCCCCCAAGAGGACCACGCCCAUCACCAAACGCCAUUCUGUGGACCCGACCCCUCCUCCACCCCCUGCUCACGUUCCCGAAUCCCCCACUUCUGGCUCUGCCAACGCCCCCGCUCUCAUACCCCCACGAACGGACAGCCUAGAGGACAAACCACAACCGCUCCAAGCCAUAACCGAUUCUUUACCAUCACCACCAUCCCACAUCCCUCCGUCUCCUCCGCGCUCGCACUCUCUCCCCCCACAGCCCAGCUCCACAUCUGCGCCUGGGCCUGCUAGACAGCCGGAUCCCCCCAGCCCGACCACGGAGCCCCCCAGCCAGCCCCCCACCGUCCCACUGCACAUCCUGAUCCAGAGAGCGUUGAACAGUCCAAGUCCGAUGCAGCCCAAUCCGGACAAGUCACAGAGGGCACACUCGCUGCUGUUCGAGUCUCCCCCCGAUGUGUUGGCAGAGGAAGGGGGGAACUCUCGAUACUCACUGCCCGUCACAAUCGAACCACUCAGGCUGCCUGAAGACGACGACUUUGACAUGGAAGAGGAGCUACGGAAGCGCCAGGCCUCCAGAGUCCAGGUCCGCCACGAGAUGGAGCCACGCAGUCGCCGGGCACUGGUGGGGGACCCCCGGGUGUCUGUGAUCCCCGAGGGAGGGGGCCCUGGGGACAGUGAGGAGGAGUCAGACUCUGACGGACCCAUCCUGUUCAGGGAUGACGAUGAAGAUGAGGAUGAGGAGGGACCCCCAAGCGGGUUAGCGAGCCGAGUGAAGAGGAAAGACACACUGGCACUGAAGCUGGAACGACAGGAGCGUGAGGACGCUCAGGAGCAGCACGACCACAUGAGCUGGAACAACCAGGAGCAGUGGGUCCAAGUGCGCAACAAGAUCGGCACUGCUCUCACACGGCGGCUGAGUCAGAGGCCCACUGCAGAGGAGCUGGAGCAGCGGAAUAUUCUUCAAGCCAAAAACGAAGCAGACCGGCGACUGGAGCGCUGUGAGAUCAAACGCAGGCUCACCAGAAAGCUGUCCCAGAGACCCACUGUGGCUGAGCUGCAAGCCAGAAAGAUCCUGCGUUUUCAUGAGUACGUGGAGUGUACUCACGCCCAGGACUACGACCGCCGAGCUGACAAACCCUGGACAAAACUCACCCCUGCGGACAAGGCCGCCAUCCGAAAGGAGCUCAACGAAUUCAAGAGUUCAGAGAUGGAGGUUCACGAGGAUAGCCGCAUCUACACCCGGUUUCACCGACCUUAGCUCUCCGGGCCCACCGCCGAAGCACUUAACCGGGAACGAAGCGGACGAUGCGCAGAUCGUACACUGGAACAGAUACAGCGGCUCCACUGUCCUCCACUGUCUACUACUACUACUACUACUACUACUACUGCUGCUGCUUCUACUGAAAUGUAUAAAGAAGGCAGCUCUCCAGAGUGUGCGGGCUGUCCGUGUUCAAACGUGCCUUGUGCCAACACUAAGAAGGCGGCUAGAAAACACAACCAAGCAGUCCCGAAAUGUAUUGCCUUAUAAUCUAGACUACUGGUUUCCUCGCAUGAUGGGAAGUGAAAUAUUUUAGCACUGGUACAUUUAAAGGUGGGUUUUCAUUGUGGUGGUACAGCAUGGGUUGGGGUCAUUAAUGGUCAGUUAGGAGAGGUGGCUAUAUUAACUUUUAAACUGACUCUCAAGCGCCCCCUGCCUGGUUUAAGAGGAAUUUCAAAUUCCAUUCAUCACUGUAGUAAACAAUUUUUUUUUUUUUUAAUUUUGGGUGAUGGAAUUGUACGGUACACUUUUUGUGACCUUUUUUUCAUAAUCUUGGUCAACUUAUCCCAUGCUGUGCUAUUUGGGUGGAAAUGCUGCUUCAAACCACUGGCUUCCUCACAUAACUGGAAGCGUUAGCAUUUGUAGCACUGUUUAAGGUACUCCUUGGCUAACUGCGGUACCACUACACUGACAAAUGUUCUCAAUUUGUAAAUGGUACCACUCGUAAGCCUUACUAGUACUCACUUUUGUAAAUUUUCAUUAAUGUGAAAACCUCAUAAACUUAUGCUUUUAUCAUAAUUAUUUUUCUGACGCUCUUUAAUAAAGUCAGAGCAUUUUACUGUAAAUUCUCAAUGAUUUUGUACGAAUCUUCCCAAGCACAUAUCUCUAGUUAUUGUUUAUUGUAAAGUCGCACCUUACGUUCCUCAACUGGGUGUAUAGAGAAUUUAAACAUUUCUUAAUUUUGUAAUUCUGCAAAAUGAACUGAAUUUGGAAAGUGUACAUACUUUUAUUUUUUUUCUUUUAUGAUACUUUGUAUGUGCGGCUAACUCGCUGUAUUUGUGUAGAUUCCAUUGACUGUACAUCUACUGUAUUUCUGACAUAUUUUAAUUGUAAAGUAUUUGUCAACAUAGUAAUGGUACAUAAUAUUUUCUUUUUUGAUACAGAGAUCUUCAAAGUUUUCCUGAGAACUACACUGUAAAAUGACACUGAAAAUUAAACCUAAUAACUUGUGAUUACACUUC